GCCAGCCGCCGCGGGGCGGGAGGCGGCCAUGUCGCUAUUGUCUGCGCUGGUGCCCUUGCUCCGGGUGUACUACAUCGGCCUCCUCGUCAUCCUGCACCAGCUGCGCCGCCGCCGCCUCCGCCCGCGCUGCCCCCCGGCGACGGCUUCGCCUCAGACCUCGGCUCAGAGCCGCGCGGGCGCAGCCUCCCUCAGCCCAGUUUUCCCUACACAAAAUGGAAAGGUUGCUAUAGUGACUGGAGGUGCUAAAGGAAUUGGUUACCAAACUGUGAAGCAUUUGGCAAGACUUGGCAUGCACGUUAUAAUAGCUGGAAACAGUGAGAGUGAGGGCCAAGAAGCGGUGAGGAAAAUACAAGAAGAAACUUUGACUGGAAAAGUGGAGUUUUUAUACUGUGAUUUGGCUUCCAUGAAGUCUAUACGGCAAUUUGUGCAGCGGUUUAGAGCAAAGAAUUAUCCACUCCAUGUCCUGGUGAAUAAUGCUGGGGUGAUGCUGGUCCCUGAAAGGAAGACGGAGGAUGGGUUUGAGGAGCACUUCGGCUUGAACUACUUGGGACACUUCCUGUUGACUAACCUCCUCUUGGAUACGCUGAAGCAAUCAGGAACGCACAGUCACCAUGCUAGGAUCAUCACUGUCUCAUCAGCCACCCAUUAUGUAGGCAAAUUGCAGCUGAACGACUUACAAAGCAGAUGUUCGUAUUCACCCCAUGGAGCCUAUGCCCAAAGCAAACUUGCCCUUGUGUUAUUUACCUAUCGACUACAGCAUCUUCUGACUGCAAAUGGAAGCCAUGUGACUGCUAAUGUAGUAGACCCUGGAGUAGUGAAUACUGAGCUCUACAAGCAUGUCUUUUGGGUUGUAAAAGUGACCAAAUGGAUGACAGCCUGGCUAUUUUUCAAGACUCCAGAGGAAGGAGCCUCUACAACCAUCUACGCAGCAGUAUCGCCCAUGAUGGAAGGAGCUGGCGGCUGCUACCUUUACAAUGAGGAAAGGACAAAAUCGGCUGACGUAGCAUAUGAUGAGGAGCUGCAGAGAAGGCUCUGGACAGAAAGCUGCAAGAUGGUUGGGAUUUCUGAUGAAUCCAGCAGAAUUCCCUAGAAGAAGUCACUUCCAGCUGGGUAAAUGAAAUGCAUUGACAAGCAUCUUAGGUGAAUUCUUGCAGCAUCAGUCAUCAUCCUGGAAAUCACUGUUCAGUCCCAAAGGCAAACGUGAACAGCUCUGUUCUUCACUUGAACCCCUAGUCUGCUAGGGUGUGGGGGAAGUAUUCCACAGAAAGAUGUAGUGGUUGGUUUUAAAUCUAACCAUUGGUUUUGUAAAUCAUGAUGUUUCAGUCUGUGAUUAAAAUACAAUCUUUAACCUUG